AUGGCACUAUUCUCAACCAAUCUCAAGGUCCUUGUCAUCCAUCAUGACGUUAUUCUUCUUGAGCAAAUUCAAGAAAUGUGUGAUAGAUUUCAUUAUCUAGUAACCAAAUGCACUUCUGCUUCUUAUGCUCUUAAUCUUCUUGCCGAAAGUAAGGGUUAUUUUGAUAUAUUGUUGAGUGAUGUUUGUAUGUCAAACAUGGAUUCUUAUAACUUUGUUCAAAAUGUAACCCUACACCACAAAAUUCCUGUCAUUGUGAUUUCUUCUGAUGCCACAAAAAGCUCUGUCAUAGAGUCUAUUAUUAAUGGCGCCUGUGAUUACUGGCUUCAACCUUUACAUGAAAAACAAUUCAAGACUAUGUGGCAACAUGUUGCUAGAAAAACUUUGAUGGAGAAUAAAGAACAUCAAGAUCUUGGAUUCUUGAACGUUGGAACUGAUAAAGAACCUGAAGUUCUUGGAAUCUUGGAGACUCAAAGUCAUCAAGAAGAUGAAAAUCUUGAAAUCUUGAAAGCUCAAAGCCAUAAAGAACCUGAAGUUCUUGAAAUGUUGGAGGCUCCUCGGCAUUCAAAAAAGUCAAAAAAGAGUCGGUUAUCAUGGACACGGCAACUGCAUCAGAAGUUUGUAAAUGCUGUGAACCAACUUGGCUUAGAUGAGGCAAAACCUAGAAAUAUUCUCAAAAUUAUGGACAUUUCGGAUUUAACAACAGCACAUGUGGCUAGUCAUUUGCAGAAAUAUAGGAAUUAUUUGAAGAGACCGUCUUGUGGAAAAAAGUCAAAGAAAAGUCCAAGGAUUGAGACUCCAGCUGAGUGUAUUAAUAAAACAUCAUUAGAAUCUGAAGAUGCUCACUCAAUGUUACAAGAAGACCAAAGUUCUCAACUGAAUUCAACUCUUCACAGUGAUAAUAUCUUUGAAACACAACAACAAUCAAAUGAUGUUACUAAUUAUCAAGUUCCCGACAGUGGCUACAAUUAUGAAACACAACAACAAUCAAAUGGUGUUACUAAUUAUCAAGUUCCCGACAGUGGCUACAAUUAUGAAACACAACAACAAUCAAAUGAUGUUACUAAUUAUCAAGUUCCCGACAGUGGCUACAAUUAUGAAACACAACAACAAUCAAAUGGUGUUACUAAUUAUCAAGUUCCCGACAGUGGCUACAAUUAUGAAACACAACAACAAUCAAAUGAUGUUACUAAUUAUCAAGUUUCCGACAGUGGCUACAAUUAUGAAACACAACAGCAUUCAACAGAUGUCGGCGAUUAUCGAGUCUCCAACAUUAUGAGCAAUGAUUUUCCUGAUCCAUCUGACGUGUUCUUUGAUUUAGAAGAGUUAAUGUCAUUAUUAAUUUGA